AUGGCUGCUGCCUCUGAGGAGAAACUGCUUCCAAAUAAGUCAGAAAUUGUGGUCUGGAAGCUCAGAAAAGAAUGUUUGCAGCAGAAUAUUCCAAAUGUUCCUGAUGGCAAGUCGAAGGAGAGUGAAUCUGCUUCUACCUCUCCCACUGAAGGUGACGUUAGUGGCUCUACUGAUGAGGGCUGGUACGAUAUAUAUGCUGACCUGGAUGUGUGGGAUAAUGAAGUUUCUAGUAUACCUGAGUCUUCAGGGCAGCAAGAUGCAUCUGAGCAUGAGGUGGAAGACUGGGAUAGAGAGCUAGAGGAGUUCACAUGUGGUCCUUAUGAUGCUGACGAUCUCUCCUGUGGAAGCUUUGAGGAAAAUAAUCUUUCCAGCUCGUAUGUAUGGAAGGAGGAUUGGUUUUACAACCCGGGCUGUCACCAUGCACCUUGCUUUAUUUUUCCACCACGAGUUAGAACAGUUGAGAAGGGCCAGUUUGAUGAUGCUGAUGAAUGA